AUGAAUAAAAGUAACAUAACUAUUGAAGAGUCAACAGAAGGUUCCAGCUCCAGUGAUGAAUCUAAGUAUUCUGAUGGGUCUAUACCACUUUCUACGGUGGUAGAAGUAAACACACUUCCUGUUUUGGCCUCUACCGCAACAACACCGGAUUCACCAUCAGAAGGAGAGACUGUUGAACCUACAGGUGCUUACAAGUUCGAAAUUAAUUUCCCGGAGUCGACAUCAGUCACGAAUGAAACGGAUCAAAAUUAUGAAAAGAGCACUAAUACAGAAGCAAUAAGUGAAGAUGAAAUACAUGAGUGUUACGAUUUUGAGUUUAGUUAUUCAGCGUCUGUAAAACAUGAAGACUAUGAAAGUUUUAAUUCGGAGUUCAAAAGUCAACGGGAUACAGAAUUAUCGUGUGACAUCGAGUUUAUUACUUACGCAGUUACUUUUAUAAGACAGUUUUCUAAUGAAAACGGUCCAGUAUUGCCGGGCCGAUUACCUGGCCACCAAUUUAAAUCUAAAGUUAAACAGAAGUCGAAAACAGAUCUUUUCGCAACUUGUCAGAAAAACGUGACAACGUUGGGCCGGAUGAGUGGUUUAAACGAAAGUGAAAAAGUCGAAACAGCACCUUGA